AUGGAGCUCCCAACGGACGACAUCCGCUUCCAGAUCGAGCUCGAGUUCAUCCAGUGCUUGGCGAGCCCGUCGUACCUCAACCACCUCGCGAUCAACCGAUACUUUGAGGACCCGGUCUUCCUCAACUACCUCACGUACUUGAAGUACUGGAAGAAGCCCGAGUACGCCAAGUACAUCAACUACCCACAUGCGCUCACGUUCCUCGACCUGCUCGACGACGAAAAGUUCCGCCAGAUGAUCGCGCACGACAGCUUCCGCGACAUGGUCCAUGCGCAGCAAGGCCUCCAUUGGCUUCACUUCCUCAACAACCGGCAGAAGGAGGGCGCGACGCCCGUGGACGCGACGAUGGAGUAG